UCAAACUACGACUUGGAAGCAAUAAAGCGCUUUUUGUUUCGGUUUUUUCUUAUUAUCAAAAAACAAUCUUGUUCGCCCCGAAGUCAAUCUUUUUCAAACCCAAGGGAUAAACAUUCAUAAAAAUAAAUUUUGUAUCGUACUCUGCGUAAAACUGCCAGACAUAUGUCAAGAAAGCCUUAAUAUUCACGAAUCUAACCAGUUUUUAAAUGGAAUCGGCUGAGAUCGCACGCAUUGUCAAUAUGGAAGAAGUAAAAUCGGACUUUCAUGUUGGACAUAUUCUGUUGAAGUAUAUGCGACUUAAUUCGGACAUAGUGGCACAGAUAGAUGGAAUAACAGGACAGAAGGAAACUUAUGGAUCUGUACUAAGCCGAUCUAUUAAAUUGGCCAGGUGUUUGAGAAAGAGUGGGUUCAAGCCGGGGGAUGUACUCGCGAUCUGUGGGGUCAACCAUUUUGACAUACGUAUACCGUUCUUUAGUGCAUUAUUCAAUGGCUUACCCCUAGUGUGUAUUGAUCCUUAUUAUAAAGAUGACGAGAUAAAAACAGUUUUGAAAUUAUCAUUACCGAAAGUGGUCUUUUGCGAUGAGGACUUUUAUAAGACAUACUACACAGUUAUUCAUGAAUUAGGGUUAGACAUAAAAAUCAUCACAUUUGGAAAAGAAGAACAUUCUAUGAAACAGUUCAUAGAAAUGUAUGAAGAUGAUGAACUGGAUGACAGUUUCAGGGUACUAGAAUUCGAUGUUAAUAAAAUAUACAUAUUUCUUAUAAGUACAAGUGGUACCACUGGGAACGUUAAAUUGGCCGCUUUCACACAUCAGUUAAUAGUAUCAAAAAUAUCGGAUCUUAUGACGAAUGGACCACGUAAAGGAACAAAAGCUCUUAGUAUAUCACCCAUAAACUGGGUUUCCACUUAUUUUAUGACCAUAUCUGCUCCAAUGAUUGGUCAAACACUUGUACUAUCCUCGGUGCCUGACAAUCUUGAUGUUAUCAUUAACAUAAUCAACAAAUAUAAGCCAGUUGUUUCUCUGUUUAGUCCAUCAUUAGCGACGUCAAUUUUGUCACGAAAGGAUGAAGUGGACAUGACAUGCUUUUUUUACGUUGCAUUGGUUGGGUCAAAAGUUUAUCCCGAUCUUUUUGUUAAGUUUAAGUCAUUACUAAGAGAAGGUGCUUUAUUGGUUGACGCCUAUGGGCAAACUGAGACGCUUGGACUUGUCCUAAGAGGGCUGCCUGGAACACCUGCAGGGAGCUGCGGUCGGGCCUAUGAUAGAUAUAUGCUUAAGCUUAUAAACCCAGAUACAGGAGUUGAAAUCACAAAACCAAAUAUACCUGGAGAAUUAAUGGUUAAAGGUCCAACACUCUCUGAAUAUUACAAUGACCCUGAGGAAACUGCAAAAUUAUUUACAGAAGACGGGUUUUUUAGAACUGGUGAUCUUUUAUAUAGGGACGAGAAUGACUACUUCUAUUUCGUGGAUCGUAUCAAAACAUUAAUCAAGUGUAGGAAUUACCAGAUCUCACCAGUUGAAUUAGAAGAGGUGAUUCGUAAUCAUGAAGACGUAAGUGAUGUCUGUGUGGUUGGAAUUGAGGAUCGAGAGGACGGACAAAGACCAGUCGCAUGCGUGGUUAGACGUAACAAUAAUGUCACUGCGCAGGAAAUUAAGCAGCUCGUCGCUGAUAAAUUAUCGAAACACAAGGCAUUACGCGGUGGUGUGGUAUUCCUGAAUGAAUUUCCAAUGACGUCUACAGGGAAGAUAGCAAGAAAAGCGCUACUUGAUAUAGUAAAAAAUGUUAAAAGAGAGUAACUUAAGUAAUGUAUUGAAGACACAUAUAUAUAUACCUAGUCCAGCCAUAAGUUCUGCUACAAAUGAAACUGCAUUUUUUAAUGAAGUAAUGUAAUAUUAUUAAAAUUUAUACCUACAUAUUUAUUAAAGUCUCAGUCAAAAAAAAAUAUUUUCGAUAUGGGCAACUUUGGCUUUAAUACUAGCAUUUCGCAAUCUGUUUGGCCACGAAUCUAUGGAUUUACGUACUGCUUUCAAGGGAGUUUUCGCCACUGCUUGCACCAAAGAUUCUUUAAGAGACUCAAUAUCACCGUGUCGUUUAGAGCAGGCCAUUUCAUCUAAAACUGACCAUGAUUCUGGGUCUGGGCUAGGUGAGGGCCAGUUUCAGCUCAUACCAAGUUCGUUCCGGACGUUAGUUUCAAGCCAGGCUUGGGUAGUUCGUGCCUUGUGAAGGUGCAGAAUCCUGUUGCAAAGUCCAUGGUAUAUUUGUAUAAAGUAUAUUGCUGAGAGGUUUCACAACAUGAUCCAAGAAGUGUAUCAGAUACAGAUCUGAUACACUAGAAGUUUUCACUCCUUUUUCACAAAAAAUUAGGUUUGACAAGACACACCCUAGCAAACCAUCACUCACGCAGGAUGACGACCACAUUGUAGCUUUCCUACCACUUGAUCAGCAUUUCUUUAGAGCUGUGAGCGUAUACUUUAUCUUUUUGCUUAAUGCAGUGUUAUUGAUUCGUGAAAUUUUUUUCAUCAUUAAUAAGGAUAUUUCUGGGCAUUUCAACUGCGUAUCGCGGCAGAAGGCGUUUUGAUCGAUCGACUCUCUUUAAUUGUAAAAAUAGAUUUAAGGCAUAUACUGCAUAACGACGAUAAGCACCGUGCUUCAGGUCUUUUUUUUAUAAUACGCGACUGAGUCCUAGCGGGAAUGUUAAUUUCUCGACGAAUUAUGGCUUAACAGCAUAAACAGCCUUUGCAAUUCUAACAGCUGACGGCUGCCUCUAUUUUUUCUGGAGUUCGACAUACGAGGUGUUGUAUCUGUUGGUAGUACGAUAUACGAACAUAAAGCUGAUACCAAGUUUUUGAAGUGUCUGGAAUAUGAUCGAUGUCUCCAUACCCACUUUGUGCAAGGCGAUCACUGCAAUCCUGUUUUUUAACACCCCAUUC